CUGCCACACUAAGAAGGGGCUGCAGUAAACUUUUUUUCCCUUGCAGCUGAGUUUUUUUUCCUGCCCAUCACAUACCUAGCGCUUGGGAGGAAGGAUGGCUAUACUGCCCACCUAAGCCCUGUUCUGAGAGAAGGCAUCAUUAGCAGAAAGGCAAAGAGCAGCGAAUUGCCCUGAAUUUGGAGUCUGACAGGCUGCAGCUAUAACGCUCAAGUGGAAAGGUACAGAUCGGGCAGGAGCAGUGCGACAAAGAGCUCUUUGUACAGGAGGAGAAGCAGCAGGCGGGUGGGUCAGGGGCUGCCAGGCUCUGUGCUUGGCUAGUGUUGCCCCCCUUACCUCGCCUGACUCCCACCGCUCUCUGGGAACUUGGGAUACUUAGUGCCAUUACCAAUUCUUGGAAGCAAUCUCUGGGGAUGUCCAGGACCAGGAGCCAGAAUGGGGGGAUUGGAUGUGCCCCGCUCGGGUUUAUCGUGGCUGCCAUACUGCUGGCUCUGCAAGCUUCAGGUGAAAUGGAAAUACCAGACUUGAAUGACCCACUGGGACAAAUGGAUAGCCACGACAGGCUCGGAGCAACUCCAAGAGGAUACUUCUUGACAUUUCUGGAACCUGUGAACAAUAUCACAAUCGUGCAAGGUCAGGCGGCAACGCUCCACUGCAAAGUGUCAGGGAAUCCGCUCCCCAAUGUAAAGUGGCUGAAGAAUGAUGCGCCUGUUGUUCAGGAGCCCAAGAGAAUUACCAUCAGGAAAACAGAUUACGGCUCACGAUUACGGAUACAAGACCUUGACACCACAGACACUGGCUAUUAUCAGUGCGUCGCCACGAAUGGGAUAAAGACCAUUACUGCCACUGGAGUCCUUUUUGUCAGACUUGGACCAACCAACAGCCCUAACCCGAACACCCAGGAUGACUACCACAAAGAUGGGUUUUGUCAACCCUACAGAGGUAUUGCCUGUGCGAGAUUCAUUGGCAACAGGACCAUAUAUGUGGACUCCCUUCAGAUGCAGGGGGAAAUUGAAAAUCGAAUUACAGCUGCCUUUACAAUGAUUGGCACCUCUACCCAUCUCUCUGACCAGUGCUCUCAGUUUGCCAUCCCAUCAUUUUGCCACUUUGUGUUUCCUCUCUGUGAUGAUCAAACCUCCAAGCCAAGAGAGCUCUGCAGGGAUGAGUGUGAAGUGCUGGAAAAUGACCUAUGCAGGCAGGAGUACAACAUUGCCCGCUCCAACCCCCUCAUUCUCAUGCAGCUUCACCUACCAAACUGCGAGGAACUGCCACUGCCUGAAAGUCCAGAAGCUGCCAACUGCAUGAGGAUUGGGAUCCCAGUAGAAAAGCUUAACAGAUAUCAGCAGUGUUACAAUGGGACUGGAACUGAUUACAGAGGAUCCGUCAUCGUCACUAAGUCUGGCCACCAGUGCCAGCCAUGGAGCAAUCAGGUUCCCCAUAGUCACUCACUAUCCAGUGCGGAUCACCCUGAAAUCGGUGGUGGCCACGCUUACUGCAGAAAUCCAGGAGGCCAGAUGGAGGGACCUUGGUGUUUCACACUGAAUAAACAUGUCCGCAUGGAGCUAUGCGAUAUUCCUGCUUGCCGUACACGUGACAACACAAAGAUGGAGAUCCUAUACAUCUUGGUCCCCAGCAUUGCAAUCCCACUGGUCAUCGCCUGCUUCUUUUUCUUAGUCUGCAUGUGCCGAAAUAAACAGAAGGCUUCAGCCUCCACACCGCAGCGCCGCCAGCUCAUGGCCUCUCCAAGCCAGGACAUGGAAAUGCCCCUUAUGAAUCAGCACAAACAGCAGCCCAAAGUAAAAGAAAUAAAUCUAUCAACUGUGAGGUUCAUGGAAGAGCUAGGCGAAGACCGUUUUGGAAAAGUGUACAAGGGACAUCUCUUUGGUACCACUCCAGGGGAACAGACUCAAACUGUUGCUAUUAAAACACUAAAAGACAAAGUAGAAGUUGCUCUUCGUGAAGAAUUCAAGCAUGAGGCCAUGAUGCGAUCCAGGCUUCAGCACCCAAAUAUUGUUUGUCUUAUAGGGACCGUGACCAAGGAGCAGCCCAUGAGCAUGGUAUUUAGCUAUUCUCCACUUAGCGAUCUGCACGAGUUCUUGGUCAUGAGAUCACCACACUCAGAUGUAGGCAGCACAGAUGAUGAUAAGACAGUUAAAUCCACUCUAGAACCCACUGAUUUUCUUCAUAUUGUGACACAGAUAGCAGCAGGAAUGGAAUUUCUUUCAAGCCACCAUGUUGUUCACAAAGAUUUGGCUGCCAGAAAUGUUUUAGUGUUCGAUAAACUCAGCGUUAAAAUUUCAGAUCUUGGUCUGUUCCGGGAAGUAUAUGCUGCAGAUUACUAUAAACUGAUGGGAAACUCCAUGCUUCCGAUUAGAUGGAUGUCUCCAGAAGCGAUUACAUAUGGCAAGUGUUCUGUUGAUUCAGAUAUUUGGUCCUAUGGGGUGUUGUUGUGGGAAAUUUUCAGCUAUGGCUUGCAACCCUAUUGUGGGUAUUCCAACCAGGAUGUCAUUGAAAUGGUACGAAAUCGCCAGGUGCUGCUGUGUCCUGAUGACUGUCCUGCAUGGAUAUACACCCUAAUGCUAGAGUGCUGGAGUGAAUUUCCUGCUAGAAGACCAAGAUUUAAGGACAUACACACAAGGCUACGAACCUGGGAGAAUAUGUCCAAUUAUAAUAGCUCAGCACAAACAUCUGGGGCAAGUAAUACAACACAGACAAGUUCUCUAAGUACAAGUCCAGUCAGCAAUGUUAGCAAUGCUAGGUAUGUUGGGCCAAAGCCAAAAACCCAGCCAUUCCAACAGCCACAGUUUUUGCCAAUGAAAGGACAAAUUAGACCUAUGGUUCCUCCACCUCAACUCUACAUUCCAGUCAAUGGGUAUCAACAGAUGGCUGCUUAUUUUUACCCAGUCCAGAUACCAAUGCAAAUGGCUCCUCAACCAAUGCCACCUCAAAUUAUACCCAAACCCGGAUCCCAUCACAGUGGAAGUGGUUCCACUAGUACCGGGUAUGUCACAACAGCACCCUCAAAUAAUUCCAUGGCUGACAGGGUCGCUCUGCUUGCAGAUGGCGCAGAUGAAGCUCAAUUACUGGCAGAAGAUAUGUCUCCAAACCCUGUCCAGGAAGAAGAAGGCUCUGUUCCGGAAACAGAAUUGCUGGGUGACAAUGACACAUCUCAUUUAGAUGAAACAGAUAUUCAGUCAGAAGCUUAACGUGUUUUGCUGAAAAGAAGACUUAUAAGACUUGAAUUAAGUAUAGCUAACUUUAGCAUGAAUUUGGACAAACAUCUUCACGCGGUGCCUAUGAUACAAUUGGAAUCUGAAGUUUGAGCCAUAAACAAUAAAGAUGUUUCAUUUAUGUGUUGACAGCAGCUUUUGUACAGAUUUUAUAACUCUUGGACUCAGAAUGUACGUUACCAUAAAAAAUUUAUGUACAGUUGCUGUGCAACAUAUGGCUGAUUUGCAGUGCACAUCAUGUGCAGCGAAGACUGUGAUUGUAAAUUUAGAUUAAUGUGCCCAUGUUGUUGUUAGGCAUAACAAGUAUUUGGCACACAGCAAUGCUCUGAGAGUGCCUGGACCCCCACAAACAGAGUUUGUUGAACUAUAGCACACUCAAUGGUAAGUGUCAAGAUGUACGGAGUACAACAUGGGAAAAUGUAAAUCACCAUCACCGUACAAAGAAUAUUGUUUAUUUUUAUCUGGAAAAUGAGGAGUAACCCUUUUCUCUAUUGCUGGUCAUUUUUACAAGGUACAGUUCUUGUAUCUGUAACCAAUGAAUGCCAAACUCGAGCUUCCAGAUGUCACUGGCUUACCCAUGAUGAUUAGCUAGCCAGUAACUGGGCAGCCAGGUGAUUGGCAUCCCUACAACAGAUCCUAGUAAUCUGAAGCCAAAAGUAUGGUCUACUGUGCACUAACCAACCGAAUAUUAAUGUAGGCGUUUGUUGAUUUAUGUAGAGACCUCAAGUUUAUUAUAUCUGUAUUUUAAUAGUUUAGUUUUAAACUAGACUUUACAUUUUAUAUGAAGAGAAAGCCGAUUGCAUAAACAUUCUAAGGUUUGUAUUCGGAGCCUACAGCAAACAUUGCCCAUUCCAAAAAAUUGUCCUCAAAUAUCUGUCUUUCUGCCAAAUCCAGUGUUCUUAACAGACAAUAUGUUGUUCUGGUUGCUUUAUAAAAAAAUAAAUUGUGUACAGACUUUUAUUGUAAUUUAUGUUUUUAUUACCUUUUAUAAACUUUUUUAAUGGAAGUAUUUUGACCCAUAAAAAAGGCUAAUUUAACUGUUUAAAGUUACUUGUGUAAUUUCUGUUUUUAUGUAAUAGGCAUAAUCUAAUCUGUUCAGUUCCUACUUUUUGUUUCUGUCCAAUCCAUGACCAAUGCAUUGCACCCAAUAGUUUCUUUUUGUAAAUCCAGAUACUUAAAGUAUCUAAUAAAGGUGACACAGAUAAAAUUG